AAUCAUUAAGUAAACAGAAAACAAGACUGAGCAAAUGAGAGAAAGAGAUGGAGAACUUUUCUCUUUUCCCAAAUGGCUGUUCUGUCUUCAGCGACGCCUGUGCUUUAUCGGGGUGCCAGGCGUUCAAGCAGCUGACAGCUUAGUGUGAUAGACGAGCACACACACACACAUACACACACACCAGUUUGACAGACGGGAACAUAGGAGGUCAAAGCUACGCUGGCCUGUUGUUCUUUCUCUGCUCGCCUCUCCGUUCACCUUUCAACCCAAUGUUGUUGUUCUUCUUCUUUCUCUCCCAUUUGUCCACUUCUUACCGUCAUCUUUAAUUCUAAAGUGUAUAAAUGGAUAAAACAUGGAAGAUAGUAUAGCUGUUAGUACAGUAACAGAUCAAGACCAUUUGAAAUAAGCUAAAUGGCAAGCAAUUAAUGGACAAGAAACAUAUAUUUUGUUCCAUUUUCUGUUUCAUUGUAUGUUGUUUUUUCAGGAUGUAUUAAUUGUGCACAGGAACCAACAAUGCAGUGUAAAAAUCUCAGUUGCAUAGUAAACAUGGCAUUUUCUGUCUAACAGAAGGAUGUGAAGUCGGACCCCAAAGUCGUUCAGGAAGUCUCAGCUGCAACCGACGCUCUUCUGGAGAGCCUGGGAGCACUGGCCGUGGAGCUUGCCGGUAUGAAGAGUUGGAAGGACAUGCGUAAGGAGAUCCAGUAUUUAACUGCAAAUGCCACAGGCUCUCCAAACCAGAUGUACCAGGCCGUGUCACGUAUCGUCUGCGGACACCCCGAGGGAGGCGGCCUCAAAAUCAAGUCUCUCAACUGGUACGAGGACAACAACUACAAGGCCCUGUUCGGAAACCAUGGCAAUGCCAGCGACACUGACCCCCUCGCAGCUUACGACAACUCUUCCACUCCCUAUUGUAACAACAUGAUGCGGAGCCUGGAGUCCAGCCCCAUUUCCAGGAUGAUCUGGAGAGCUCUGAAGCCUCUGCUCAUGGGGAAGAUCCUGUACACCCCAGAUACUCCGGCCACACAGAGAAUCAUCCACGAGGUUAAUAAGACCUUCCAGGAGUUCGGCGUGCUGAGGGACCUUGGAGGAAUGUGGGAGGAGAUGAGGCCCAAAGUCUGGAACUUCUUGGAGAAUGGCGAGGAAAUGGACAUGGUCAGGACGAUGCUCCAGAAUAACGCCAGUGCUGCGUUCUUUAAUGCCCAGCUCAGUGAGACUGAGUGGCGUGUGUCGGAUGUGUCGGCCUUCCUGAUGAAGGUCUCAGAGGACCAAAGACCUGCAGGAUCCGCUUACACCUGGAGAGACGUCUUCAACGAAACCGACCUGGCCAUCCAGACCAUCUCCCGCUUCAUGGAGUGUGUGAACCUGGACAAGCUGGAGCCGGUAGCUAAUGAGGAGAGGCUGGUCAACAAGUCCUUGGGUCUCCUGAACAACCAGAAGUUCUGGGCCGGAAUCGUGUUUCCUGACAUCGCCCAUAGCAACAGCACCGACUUGCCUCCCAACGUCAACUAUAAGAUCCGCAUGGACAUCGAUAACGUGGAGAGGACAAACAAGAUUAAAGACGGCUAUUGGGACCCCGGUCCCAGGGCAGACCCCUUCGAGGACCUUCGGUACAUCUGGGGCGGAUUUUCUUACCUGCAGGAUGUCAUCGAGCACGGAAUCAUCCGAGCCAUCACUGGCACCAAGGAGAAGACGGGCAUCUACAUUCAGCAGAUGCCCUACCCCUGCUAUGUUGACGACAUGUUCCUGCGAGUGAUGAGUCGGUCCAUGCCUCUCUUCAUGACCCUGGCGUGGAUGUACUCGGUAGCCAUCAUCAUCAAGGGCGUGGUGUACGAGAAGGAGGCGCGGCUCAAAGAGACCAUGAGGAUCAUGGGGCUGAACAACGGCACACUGUGGCUCAGCUGGUUCAUCAGCAGCUUGAUCCCGCUCCUGAUCAGCGCCGGCUUGUUGGUGGUGUUAUUGAAGAUGGGAAACCUGCUGCCUUACAGUGACCCAGGCGUGGUGUUUCUCUUCCUGGCAUCCUUCGGCGUUGUAACCAUCAUGCAGUGUUUCCUUAUUAGCACUCUGUUCUCUCGUGCCAACUUGGCAGCUGCCUGCGGUGGCAUCAUAUACUUCACGCUCUACCUGCCCUACGUGCUGUGUGUCGCCUGGCAAGACUACAUUGGCUUCGGAGGAAAACUUACCGUGAGUCUGCUGUCUCCUGUGGCGUUUGGUUUUGGCUGUGAGUACUUUGCCCUGUUUGAGGAGCAAGGGGUGGGUAUCCAGUGGUCGAACCUGCUGGCCAGCCCUUUGGAGGAGGACAGCUACAACCUGACCACCUCUAUCUCCCUCAUGCUGUUUGACGCUGUGCUCUACGGAAUGAUGACCUGGUACAUCGAAGCUGUGUUCCCUGGUCAGUAUGGGAUCCCCAGGCCUUGGUACUUCCCUUUCACUAAGUCGUACUGGUGCGGAGAGAAAGAAAACACAAACAUCUCCACCCCUCUGUCGAAGAAGGGCAACGCUGACGCUGUUUGUAUUGAGGAGGAGCCGAGCCACAUCGAGCCAGGUGUUUACAUCGAGAAUCUGGUGAAGGUCUACAGCCAUGGAAAAAAGCUGGCUGUAGACGGACUGUCCCUGAGGUUCUAUAAGGGACAGAUAACCUCCUUCCUCGGCCACAAUGGGGCUGGCAAGACAACAACCAUGUCAAUCCUGACAGGGUUGUUCCCACCCACAUCUGGCACAGCCUACAUCCACGGCAAGGACAUCCGCAGUGAACUCAGCACCAUCCGGCAGAAUCUGGGCGUCUGCCCCCAGCACAACGUACUUUUUAGCAUGCUGACUGUGGAGGAACACAUCUGGUUCUACGCCCGUCUGAAGGGGCUGUCGGAGGAGAAGGUGAAGGCUGAGAUGGAACAAAUUGUGAACGAUGUCGGACUGCCUGACAAACGACAUGCCCGCACCAGCACCCUCUCCGGAGGGAUGCAGAGGAAACUGUCAGUGGCCCUGGCUUUUGUUGGGGGCUCAAAAGUUGUGAUCCUGGAUGAACCUACUGCUGGGGUCGAUCCCUACGCACGCAGGGGCAUCUGGGACCUGCUGCUUAAAUACAGACAAGGCCGCACCAUCAUCCUGUCCACUCAUCACAUGGACGAGGCCGACAUCCUGGGUGACCGCAUCGCCAUCAUUUCCCACGGAAAGCUGUGCUGCGUGGGCUCCUCGCUCUUCCUGAAGACCCAGCUGGGCACGGGCUACUACCUGACCCUGGUCAAGAGAGACUAUGACUUGACACUUCAGUCCUGCAGGAAUUCUGCCAGCACCGUGUCCUACAUCAAGAAGGCCGAGAAGGAGGACAGCGUAUCACAGAGCAGUUCAGAUGCUGGUCUGGGCAGCGAACCAGAGAGUGAAACCACGACUAUUGAUGUGUCCCUCAUCUCAAACCUGAUAUUCAAGCAUGUCCACGAGGCUCGCCUGGUUGAGGACGUUGGCCAUGAAAUCACCUAUGUCUUGCCCUACCAGUCAGCUAAAGACGGAGCCUUUGUCGAGCUCUUCCACGAGCUGGAUGACCGACUUACCGACCUGGGAAUAUCCAGCUAUGGAAUAUCUGAUACCACUCUGGAGGAGAUUUUCUUGAAAGUGGCUGAGGACAGUGGAGUAGACACUGUUGAGCUCUCAGAUGGAGUCGUGCCGACCAGGACUCGUCGCCAUCAUGCAUUCGGAGACCACCAGAGCUGCCUGAAGCCCUUCACUGAGGACGACUUUGACUUCAACGACUCUGAAGAAUCCCGAGAGACCGACUGGCUCAGUGGAACAGAUGGCAAAGGCUCGUACCAGGUCAAAGGCUGGAGUCUGAAGAGACAGCAGUUUGUUGCACUACUCUGGAAACGAUUCCUCUAUGCUCGGCGCUCCAGGAAAGGCUUCUUUGCUCAGAUUGUUCUUCCGGCGGUGUUUGUGUGCAUUGCCCUGGUGUUCAGCCUGAUCGUCCCUCCGUUUGGAAAGUACCCAAGUCUGACUCUGGAUCACAGCAUGUAUGGGGAACAGUUCGCCUUCAUCAGUAAUGACUUACCUGAGGACCCUCAUGUCAACAAACUACUGGGAGCUCUGACAGAAAACCCAGGAUUUGGAACACGCUGCAUGGAAGGACAACCCAUACUGGACACUCCCUGCACAGCAGCAGAGGAUGAGUGGUCGGUCACGCAAGUCUCUCAAAGUGUGAGGGACAUGUUCGACAACGGCAACUGGUCCAUGGAGAACCCCUCUCCCAUGUGUGAGUGCAGCUGUGGAGGACGCAAGAGGAUGCUUCCCGAGUGUCCUAGUGGCGCUGGGGGACUUCCACCACCUCAGAUGAAAAUCAGCGAGACAGACACUCUUCAGAAUUUGACUGGCCGAAACAUCUCUGACUAUCUGGUUAAAACCUACGCUCAGAUCAUUGGCAAGAGCCUGAAGAACAAACUUUGGGUCAACGAGUUCAGAUACGGUGGAUUCUCACUGGGCGCCAGGAGUUCUCAGCUCAUGUCCCACACAGACGACGUUGAUGAGGCGAUCGCUCAACUGAGGAGGCGUUUCCAUCUGGAGAGAGGAACUGCAGCGGAUCGUUUCUUUCACAGUCUCUCCAUUUUUAUACAAGGGUUGGACACCAAGAAUAAUGUCAAGAUCUGGUUCAACAACAAAGGCUGGCACAGCAUCGGUUCUUUCCUCAAUGUGAUGAACAACGGCAUCCUGAGGGCGAGCCUGCAAGACGACCAAGACCCCACGAAGUUUGGCAUCACCGCCUCCAAUCACCCGCUCAACCUCACCAAGGAGCAGCUGUCACAGGUCGCAUUGAUGACGACGUCGGUAGAUGUGCUGGUUUCCAUCUGCGUGAUCUUCGCCAUGUCCUUUGUCCCGGCCAGUUUUGUGGUCUUCCUCAUCCAGGAGAGAGUGAACAAGGCCAAACACUUGCAGUUCAUCAGCGGAGUGCAGCCCUUACUCUAUUGGCUGGCCAACUUUGUCUGGGAUAUGUGUAACUACAUCGUCCCAGCCACACUGGUCAUCAUUAUCUUCAUGUGUUUCCAACAAGACGCGUACGUCUCCUCCACCAAUCUGCCCGUGCUGGCGCUGCUGCUGCUGCUCUACGGAUGGUCGAUCACCCCUCUGAUGUACCCGGCCUCGUUCUUCUUCAAGAUCCCCAGCACGGCCUACGUGGUUCUGACCAGCGUUAACAUCCUGAUUGGGAUCAACGGCAGCGUCUCCACUUUUGUGCUGGAGCUGUUUGGAAGCAAUGAAAUCGGUGGGAUCAACGACAUCCUGAAGAACGUGUUCCUCAUCUUCCCUCACUUCUGUCUGGGCAGAGGACUGAUUGACAUGGUGAAGAAUCAGGCAAUGUCAGACGCUUUGGAGAGAUUCGGUGAAAACCGGUUCCGCUCCCCUCUGGCCUGGGACAUGGUGGGAAAGAACCUGUUUGCAAUGGCCAUAGAGGGCGUGAUCUUCUUCACCAUCACCGUCCUCAUUCAGUACCACUUCUUCUUCAAGGCCAGGUCUUCCACCAGUCACCUGAAGCCUAUUGGAGAAGAAGAUGAGGAUGUGGCCAGAGAGCGACAAAGGAUCCUGAGCGGAGGAGGACAGUCCGACAUCCUGGAGCUCAGAGAACUCACCAAGAUCUACAAGAGGAAACAGAAGCCGGCAGUGGACCGACUGUGUGUUGGCAUCCCGCCUGGAGAGUGCUUCGGUUUGCUGGGCGUGAACGGGGCAGGCAAAACCAGCACCUUUAAAAUGCUGACAGGAGACUCUCUGGUCACCGGCGGAGAGGCUUACCUGGCUGGCAAGAGUGUAACGACAGAGAUCGAUGAGGUGCAUCAGAACAUGGGCUACUGUCCUCAGUUUGAUGCCAUCAACGACCUGCUGACCGGCAGAGAGCACCUCGAGUUUUACGCCAUCCUGAGAGGAGUGCCUGAGAAGGAAGUCUGUGAGGUGGCAGAGUGGGGCAUCCGGAAGCUGGGUUUGGUCAAGUAUGUGGACAAGUCAGCAGGCAGCUACAGCGGAGGAAACAUGAGGAAACUGUCUACUGCCAUCGCUCUCAUAGGAGGACCACCUGUAGUCUUUCUGGAUGAACCGACAACAGGCAUGGAUCCUAAAGCCCGUCGUGCCCUGUGGAACGCAAUCCUGAGCAUCAUCAAAGAGGGUCGAUCUGUAGUCCUGACCUCUCACAGCAUGGAGGAGUGUGAAGCACUUUGCACCAGAAUGGCCAUCAUGGUCAAUGGCAGGUUCCGCUGUCUGGGCAGUGUGCAGCAUCUCAAAAACAGGUUCGGUGAUGGCUACACCAUCAUCCUGCGGGUGGCUGGCCCGGACCCAGACCUUCGGCCGGUGAUGGAGUUCAUCGAGGAGGAGCUGCCUGGCAGCACGCUGAAGGAGCAACACCGCAACAUGCUGCAAUACCAGCUGCCCUCCUCCCUCACCUCCCUCGCCCGCAUCUUCUCCCUGCUCUCUAAGAACAAGGAGGCCCUCAGCAUAGAGGACUACUCCGUCUCACAGACAACUUUAGACCAAGUGUUUGUAAAUUUCGCCAAGGACCAAAGUGAUGAGGACCAUUUGAAAGAGGCCCAUCUGAAUAAACGGGAUGCUGUGGUAGUGGACAUUUCCAAGCUUAACUCUUUCCUCACGGACAAGACCAAGGAGAGCUGCGUCUGAUUCCACAACAUGGCAUCAUGGGAGUCGCUUCGCUUCACCCACCCCAGAACACAUGGACCACUAACCAGCGAGGGGAGACGAACUAUGUUCAUUUUGUUAUUUCUAUUUUUUAGUCUUUUUUAAUUGUUGUCAUUUCUCAGUGGACCUGCACUUCAGCGCACAGCCUCUUGAAAAGGCAGAGACUGCGGGGUAUUGUGACACUGAAGCAAUGAAAACUCAAUGCAAAUCAAUGCAAGAAAUAUACCAGAAUAUAUUUAAGAUGAGAAGAUAUUCCUGUGAGGCUUGGAGACUGGUGCUUCUCCUUCACUAGAUGGACGGAUGGAAAGAAAGAAAAGACUGAAGCAACAGCGGGAUUAUAAUGCUGCGCUCGACUGGAAGGUGUAAUAACCCUGCGAGGCUCUCAAUGGACAUGGCAUCGGGGAUCAUGGAAGGAAAUAUCUGUAGGUUUGAAUCCCCGUUCCUGAAAGUAGUUUGCAGUAGUCAGUGGGACUGUGUACGUGGGCGGGCGGCUCCGUAUCGUGAAAUCACCGCAGCGUAAAACGGAACAAGACAAAAAUCCAGAUCAUUCACUGCCAACUGCUAAAAGACGGACCGACUACUUUUUUAUUCAGGGUCAGACCUCUCUCUCUCUCAAGCUCUCUCUUUAUUACCAAGCGCAGUUGUUUUUAUCAUGCAAAUGAUGGUAAAAAGAAAAAAAAGCAUUUACGAUCCAAUUGAUUUCAGUCACAAUCAUGCAACAUAAUAAUUUGUACUAAUCGGGUUUUCUAAGGUAAUUUAUUUCUAAUAGACAAACUUAACCUCUACGGAGUUUUUCUUUUCUUUGUUUGGGUAAUAAUUAAGAUUGAUAACCAAGCUGUCUUUUUUAUAUUUGUUCUUCGUGUCCUUGACGUUGUCCAGCACAGUGCCUAUACUGUAUCAAGGUGCAGAGAGAAAUCUGAGCACCCCAUUAAAAACAACAACAACAAUAAUGUAUGUAGGCUGCCCAGGAAUGUAUAAGACGGAUACCAUCAAAGCACAAAAAAAAAGGGGCUUUUUGUGAAGAGGGUCAAUGAAACGUGACUGUUUUUUUUUUAUUUUCUUUCAUUGUCAAAAACAAAACGACAACAAAAAAAA